AUGGCGGAGGAAGAGAUCAACCUCCCUUCUCUGGUGAUCGUAUUGUUGAUUACGGGUCUGGCAGUACGCUACUUCUUCUUCAGCGGAAAUGCGUCUACGGCAAAUCGCCAGCCGGGCGGGACAGGAGGCCUAUCACCGGAGGAACUGCAAAGACGGAGGGAGCGGGAACGAGAAGCGGCGGUCGAAACGAUACAACAGAUGUUUCCGCAGGUAGACAGACGGACUAUUCUGUGGGAUCUCCAGCGCCAUGGGGGGAACUUGCAGGCUACGACGGAAAGGAUCCUGGCGGGGAGAACGGAGACUCCUCCAAUUACGUUCCAGCCCCCUCCCCCGCCCACCUCGCCAGAGACAACUGCUGCCGCGCAGCAAAGCGCAACUGCCACCAACAACAAACCGGCGGAAAAGAAGGCCCACCCAGAUCUGAUUACGAGAUACAACUUGAAGGACAAACUCGCCAGUGUCCCCUCGGAGGAUGCUGGAGCGGCCACAAGCAGUGCCCCUAAGACAGGAGGCUGGAGCUCGAAUCGCGAGGAGAGACAGUCGUUGCUACAGAAGAGGAGGGAUCAGAUGAUUAUUGAGGCGAGAAGGAAAAUGGAGGCGAAGAUUGCGGCAGAGAAGGCUGCUGCCGCUGGGAACAACUGA